UGUCAAAAAUAUUGUUCGUUCGUUGUGUGGCAGCAAUCGGUGGACGCACUUUUCCAGAAUUCAGCGAAAAAAGUUCAAGUUUCUAGUGAUUUUAAUCCUCCAAUUUGCACAAAUUCGUGUUAAAUACUAGUUCAAAUGGGUUCCAAGACGAAGACCAACGAGGGCAACAAGGAUGACGAGCCCGUCAAGAUCAACAAAUGGGACGGAACCGCGGUCAAGCACGCGCUGGACGACUCCGUCAAGACGGCCCUCAUGAACCGAACCAACAUGAAGGAACACCACGCCAUCAUCGACGGCCGGCUCUUCAUCUGUGCCCUGGCCGUGUCCACGGCGCUGAUUGCCCUCGGGUACGACUACCAGUACUCGUUCCCCACCUCGAAGCCGGUUCUGAUCGUGUGCGUGUGUUUCUACUUCUUCCUGAUGGGCGUGCUGACCGUCUACACGACGUACGUUGAGAAGGGAAUCUUUGCCGUCGGCAACCAGAAGGACGACAAGGGCAACCAGAAGCGCUGGCAGGCCAGUUCCGAUAUGCGAAAGUACGAUGACAAGUACGAGCUGACGCUGCAGCUGCGGGAUGGCCGUGGAGUGCGGGAGGCGACCGUCGUCAAGUCGGUGGCCAACUUUAUCGACGUCAACGGAACGCUGUUGGACGAUUUGGUUGCGAACGAGCUGAAUCGCAUCGUGAAUUCGCUGAACGCGGAAAAAAAGGACAAGUAGGGAGGAAGAUUUGGGGAGAUGCAUUUUGGGCCUGAGGGAGAAGGGCCGACGUUUGUCUCAUUGCAGCAGAAAUUUAGGAGUAAGAAUCAAGCGAGAGAGGAAGCAACAAAAAAUGGACAUAAAACAUACAUUUCCAGUUUGUGUAAUUUCGAUUCAAUAAAGUAAAGUAAUAUUGCCUGUA